AUGGCUCGACACUUCUUUGUACUUUUCGUCACUGCAGUCCUUGUACAAUAUAGUGCAAGUAAUCCUAUUCCUGUAUCGACCAACAAUCAAGGUUCACUCUUUGAAACUAAAAAUACUUAUGGCAAUAUCUAUGAGAACAAAUACUUCAAUGUGACAGCAGAAAAGCCAGAAUCAUGGCAUACAAUCAACACGGAAAUAUUUGCCACUUUUAUUCAGAAUAUUGCGUCACCGAUUCUAAGUCAAAUUAGCAAUAUUACUGGUCAUGAUGAAACAAUCCCGCCUAAUUACUUAAUUCCUCUCUUCGGAUUCUCGCACUAUCAAUUUGGUAUUGAUAAUGGGUCAGUUAACGCCAACUUUAUCGGAAUCGUUCAAAAUGUCACACGCGACGGACUCCUACAGAACAACUGCGAUAUAUUCAGUGUUGAUCUUGUUAAUCUCGUUACGGAUAUGAAUGUAACACGGGCAGGUGGAUGUCAGGAGAUCGAUAUGAACGGAUUCAAAUACGUUGAACAAAAAUCAGAGGUUCAAUUAAGUAAUUCGGUAACUGUGAAUCAAAUUCAAUACAUCCGAAGCAGUCCAAAUGGGUAUCUAUUCACAUUUACAAUGACAUAUCAAAACAACAAUGAAAGAGAUGAACUCCUGAACAUCAUGGAAAGCGUUCGCUUCGUAGUAUAA